UCAAUUCAUUGCUUCCACAUAAAACCACAAUUCUCUACCAACUCUCCUCAAAAGCUCUCACCUUCUUAAGUGAACCAACAAACACGUGAAUAUAUAUAGAGAGUACUUAGACAGAAAAAUGGAUCAAAAUUUGCCAACUAUAGCCAAAAAGUUCUGGAAAAUAGUCCGAGUGGCUUUCUUCAUGCUGAGAAAAGGGUUAUCAAAGAGAAAACUAAUGUUUGAUCUCAACUUAUUUAUGAAACGUGGCAAAAUUGCUCGCAAAGCCGCCUUUCAAAAUCUCAUGUUCCACGGCCAUCAUACUCAAGGCCAUAAUAAUACACUGGGGCACCCAUAUUGUCCUUCAUCUUCCAAAGAGUACUAUGAGUUUAGCUGUAGUAACAGCCCCGCUUUCCACCUCAACAAACGCAAUAAGCAUACUCAACAUGCUCGUGUCAUUGAGGACGACGACAUUUUAAUGAUGAACUCUGCUGUUUUGAAGGCAUUGGAAAUGCUUCAGAGUGAAACAUCUUCACCUCCAUUGCCUGGAUUUGGGAGAACUCCAACAGUGAGGCAAUUAAGGGUCACUGACUCUCCUUUUCUUCUAAGAGAUGUUGAGGGUGACAUUAGUCACGUAGAUGAGAAAGCUGAUGAAUUCAUUUCAAGGUUCUACAGAGAUUUGAGAAGAGAGGCCUGUGCUUUUGCUUAAUGUUUUUUAAGCUUUAGUUGGCAAUUUUCCUUUUUAGAAUAUAUUCAUGCAUGGUCUAGUUUGCCUGUGCAAUAAUAUUGAAGGAGCUUAUAUAUUGCAGAUUGCGAGCUGUGAAUACUGCAAAUUAAUUUGUGGCUCCAUUCUGUCUCCGGGAUUUUUUUUCCUCAUAAUUUUCUUGUUAUGAUCUUAUGAAAAUUAUGAAUGUGAUGAUACCCCCCGUUUAUUUCUUGCUA